UUUCCGACACUCCCAAAUCUCUCUCUCUCUCUCCAGUCUCCACCAUGAAGCUUCUUCCGUCGCCGGCAUUAUUCUUCCUCCUACUCUUCAUCGCCGCCUCCGUCUCCGCAGCACCUGCCGUAUCUCCAGCGAGUUCUCCGACGGAGACCCCCUCCCGAGCUCCUCCUCCGACGGCCCCCUCCCGAGCACCUCCGACGACCUCAUCCUCCCCACUAGACCCGAAACAGCUCGAAGCCCUCGAAUCUCUCAACAUUCCCACCGCCAAAAACCCCUGUGACCGCCGUCCCUCCGCUGCAUCCUCUGCUGUCGUCACCUGCGACGGUGGAUCUCCCUUCCGCCACGUCACCGGCAUCUUCUUUACCAACUGUUCCUCUGACCUCUCUAUCUCCGCCACCGCGCUCCGAGCUCUCUCCCCUUCUCUCCUGUCUCUCUCCUUCCUCGACUGUCCCUCUCUCUCCCCUCCGCCACGUUUCCCUGUGUCUCUCCAUUCCUUCUCCGCCGUCUCCUCCUUCCUCCGCCGCCGUGGCCUCUCCGGCGUCUCCCUCGCUCGUCUCGUCAACCUCACCGACCUCACUGUCUCCUCCGUCCCUGUCUCUGCCUCGGGCCUCUAUGUCAUCCUCGGAAACAUGCAUAAGAUCACUUCCCUCACCAUUUCCAACGCAAAUAUCUCCGGAAGCAUCCCGAAACACUUCCACUCGAAUCUCACCCAUGUCGAUUUGUCCAAUAAUCUGCUGAAAGGUUCCAUACCCACUUCCAUUACCCUUCUCUCCAACCUCCAAUCCUUGAAUCUGACCCGAAAUUCGCUCUCCGGUGAGAUACCCACCGGCAUUGGAGAUCUGAUGUGGCUUAAAAACCUGUCUCUGGCGUCGAAUAGGUUGUCCGGAGCUAUACCUGACGCGAUCUCGUCUAUCCCUGGGCUGACCCAUUUGGAUCUGAGCGGGAACCAGCUAAACGGCACUGUCCCGAGCUUCUUCUCCAAGAUGAAGAACCUGAAGCACUUGAAUCUCGCAGACAAUGCUUUCCAUGGAGUAUUACCCUUCAAUGCGAGCUUCUUGAAGAGACUUGAAGUGUUCAAAGUGGGCGGAAACAGCAACCUCUGUUACAAUCACUCUGUUCUGUCUUCGAAAAUGAAGUUGGGCAUUGCUCCUUGCGACAAACACGGCCUGCCCAUGUCGCCGCCACCGCAGAAGGAGGACGCUUCCGCUUCGGAUUACGAUUACAGCGAUAACGGAGAUGGUAAUGGGAAGAAGAAGGAAGAACACCAUGGUCCUAACAAGGUCGUGCUUGGAGUCGCCAUUGGCCUUUCUUCCCUUGUGUUCUUAAUCGUCUUCUUGAUACUUCUCGCUAAAUGGUGUGGUUGAUCGAAAAAGCCCUGAUCUUUGGGAGUGAUUAGGGUUCUUUCGGGGCGAGGAGGAACACCAGUAAACCAAGAGUACUCCUGGAGAGAACCGAACCGGUUCUCCAGAGCCAAUUGGAAAUUCCGGUACCAAUCCCGAUUUAAUUUUCGGUUUUGUUAUAAAAAUUACACGAUGAAAUUGGUUAUUUGUUUGUGGUUUUCUAUUCUACGGUGCUUGUAAUUGGUUUUUUCAUUUUCCCACAUUGAUCGGGAGAGAGAAUUAUUAGGCAAUUAGAGUAUUUAAUUUCCUUUUAUUCUUCAGUUUUGCCCUUUUGAAAUUGUGGUGUUGUGAUUAUGAUUACAGACAUUAAUUAUGGUUGUCUAAAGAGCACUUCUACCAUAGGAGUGUUAAAGCAUUAUUUCUGUAAUAAUUGUUCUGUAAUCUGAAUUUGUAUUUUAAUAUUUUA